UUUAAAAUAUAGGAACUGUUAUUUACUAAACCAGUAAACCUAGACAUACACAAUGCCAAGACGAAAAAAUGAUCCUAGCAAGCUUGAAACUGAAUCUCCAGACGAGAAGAGAAUCAAACAAGAUCUGUCUACUGAAGAUUCCUAUGAGGAUGAUGAAGUGGAUGUAAUGAAAAUUCCAUUACCUACUGAAGAAGGUGAAUUGGUUAUUACUGGGGGAUUGAAUUGGAGUACUAAUGGAAGAAGAAAGCCAAAAAAAGGAGAUGAGAAAUUUGCCAAUAUCGGGAGAAAUUUGUACAAACCUCACAGAUAUAAGGGUUACUGUGGAAUAAAAGUUGCCAAAAUAAUAAGUGGAUGUACAGCUAACCACAACCUUGCUAUAUCAAAAGAGGGGAAACUUUAUUCAUGGGGCAGAAAUGAAUUUGGUCAACUUGGGCAUGGUGACACAGACAGGUAUGAUCUUCCCAAGCAAGUCGAAUCGCUUUCUCAUUUAAAAAUUGUCAAUGCUGCAGUUGGUAAAAGUCACACGCUUUGUCUGACUGAUUCUGGAAAAGUUUAUGCUUUUGGAGAAAAUACACAAGGACAGUUGGGAAUAGGCAAACAAAGCUCAUAUGUGCCUAGUCCAACUCAAGUAAAUAUGAAGAGUUUUGUUGUUGAUAUCUCAUGUGGAGGUGAAUUCAGUAUGAUUGUUGAUAUUGAUGGUUAUGUGUAUUCAUUCGGAUGCCCUGAAUAUGGACAGCUCGGUAACAACACCGAUGGAAAAUAUUUUGUGGCAAGUAACAAAUUGUCUUUUGAUUCCGUUUCUUCACCUUUUCGUAUCCCACUGUGGAGAGAAAAAACUAGAAGUGGUCAAGUUAUUCCAGUUCAAGAUGUCAAAGUCAUCAAAGUCGAAUGCGGAAAUAAUCAUACAAUUGCAUUGGAUUCCAAGAAAAGAAUAUUUACUUGGGGAUUUGGCGGAUAUGGACGACUGGGUCAUUCAGAGCAAAAAGAUGAACAAACUCCUCGCUUGGUUGAAGCGUUUAAUCGAGAAAAUAGAGGAGCAACACGUAUAUUUGCCGGGUCUACAUUUUCACUUGCAAUUAAUGAAUCGGGUAUGACCAUGUUCUGGGGUUUGCAAGGAACUAUUAGUAGUCGUGAAACCACAAUGUAUCCUAAGCCAGUGCAAGAUCUAACUGGAUGGAAUGUUAAAAGUUUAGGAUGUGGAUCCAGGCAUAUUGCAGUAUCUGCAGAUGAUAAUGUUAUUGUCUGGGGAAUCGGUACAAGCAGUGGAGAGUUGGGUUUAGGUGAGCAACGUAAGAGCAGUGCCAACCCACUAAUACUGAAGGCAAUGGAAGGUUUAAGUGUUCUAGAGGUCGCUUGUGGACAAAUUCACACAAUCUUCAAAGUGAGAAACGAUUCAGAACAGGACGAGGAUAGACUGAAGCAACUUCCAUUAUUCGAUAGCAAUAACGGGAAGUGAUUCAGAUGAUUUUCGGUUCCCUUGUAGAAUCAAAGAUUUCAAGAUAUCAGCAUUUACAUGCCGCUGGUAUUACUUUUGUAUCGUCCUAAUUGUGUCUAAGUUUUUGACAGUGUGGUAACUGGAAUGACCAUGAUUGUGACAAACUGUCAUCCAGCAAUUUCAUAAUUGAGUGAAAAACUGUGUCUUUUUCUGUUUCUCAUAAUCAGAAAAAACAAAUUCUGAAACCAAAUGGCAUCAAUUUCAAUUGUCUGAAUUCUUGAAAUUGACCUUAUUUAAAAAUCUUCACUUUUUGAAUAUUUUAUCAAAUUUGGAUAACAUUUCUUAUUAUAUCAAAUAAGGUUUAGGCGACCAUUUCCUCUCUCUUGUUUCACUUAUGCCACAUAUGCUGUGUCAUCGUUGGCUAUUAUCGAUUUUGGAAACAUAGCGUUGCAUUUUAUGAGCAAGGGUCAUGAAAAAUGAUUGUAAAAUUGUUCUUGACUUGCCAUGCUCUACUUAGGCAUAAUAUGUGUAUUUUAUAUACAUUUUGGUGUUGAUAAUUUUCUGAUUUUUUUGUUGAAGAUGAGACUUGUGAUUGAUUAAGUAUUAAAAUAAAUUUGAAAACUGCUAGUAGAGAAAUUCUUCACAUGAAUGUGUUUAUAUGUCAUUAUUUACCGUUGUGCAGUACAGUUGAUAUUUUUUGUUUAUACAAUAAUCUUACUGGCCACAGGCAAUGGCUACAAGCCGCAAGCUGAAGCAAGUCCACUGAUGCUUCAGUAACUGCGUCCUCUGUCUUGAAAAUGAAUACACAAUUAUCUGUUGCGGUUUGUCAUUCGAUUUGUAUCAAUUGUAUAUUUUUUCAUUUUGUUUGUGAUUUUUUUUUCAAUGUUACUUCUGGCCUAUUCUUAGAAUUUUCAAAGCAGCUGAGUACUGCUUACUACAAUUGAAAUUUAUUUGAAACUAUGUCACCCUAUUUUGGUACAAAAAUUACCCUUUUUGUAUUUUGAUACAAAAUUAUGUAUGUUAAGAAGUGCAAUCUCACAAUUCAUUAAUAAUAAGGUACCAUGGAUAUUUACAUAAUAUUAUGAAAAUUGUUUUUCUUGAGUACUAGUUGCUGCCAUUGUCAUUUUUUCUUAAUUUCAUUUCUUCCAUUUUUUGUGUGUUGAAAAAAGAGUUCACAUUUUUGCAUGUUUUCGUUGUUCGUUCUGUGCUAUUAUGGUAUGUUCAAGUCUGAUAUGGAUUUCUGCAUACAUUUUCUAUUCAGUGAGCGUUGUGUAUGAUAAACUGUUCAUAAAUCAUAUGCAGAUGGAGCUAUCUAGCACUUGGAAUUGCCGUCUAUCAGAGAAGCCAUUCAAGUGUUGUUUCGUACAAAGAAUCCAUCGCUAGUCCCAAUUAUUUAAUGAAGCAUGGUUCUAUUUGUAUGUUUCUGCAGUCUAUGUAGAUUUCACCUGCUUGUAGUGACCGUGAAGCUAUGAUAUUAUUUUAAAAUGUUUGUAUUUCUCGGUUUGUGGUACAAAAUAAUCACACUCAUGGUCAAGCUUAAUUUAUUUCUGGAUAAAGCGGUAUUUCCAGAUAUUUGUGAAUGCAUUUUUGGAUUUGCCUGCUUCAUCCUUUCAUUGCUUGCCCAAUGUUUCAUAUCAAAUUUAAAACUAGUAAAUCAAAUUGUUUUAUAAUUUGCAUGAGAUGCAAUUUUCUGAUACUUGCUAGUUCAUUCCAAAACUGUUUUGCAUUAAGUGAAUUCUGACCAAACUCAGGAUUAUGAUUGAGUGUGCUUUACCUCAAUUUCUUAGAAAUAAAAGAUGCUGUAAAAUA